AAAUGGAAAAAUCUCAAAAAAAGAAGAGAGUUAUGUGAAGUGAGGCUGCCGAGGCCGACCUUUUAGAGAUAUGGCAACAAAAAAUGCCAGAGCUGCGAUCUACGCGAAAAAACAAUCACAUAUGCAUAUGAGGAAAUGUCUUAUGCAAUGCUUUUGGCUGGACACGCUUAUACGUCCACGGAGAUAAAAAUAAAAUUGCACAAUUUCAACAACAAAUACAGACAAGAAAAGCAGAAAAUUGGCCCAUCAGGUCGGUGGAAACAUUAUGAGGCGGUAUACCAAGCAGUAGGCGAUUUUAAAAGUUUUUGUUCCGCCGAACUUGUGGAGGAUAGCAUUGUGGUUGACAUGGAACCAAUUUACGUGCAGGCCGAUACGGAAGGAGAGUCGCCGCUCCCAAGCCCAGGCGAUGGUCCUUCUACGUCGCGUGGUUGCGCUCGGCCAUGGUCAAGCGAUGCUGUAAGAAAGAAAAAAUCAGCAAUAACAAUAAUAGAGGACAUUAAGGAUGACUUAGUAAAGGAGACUGAGGCGAUGAAGGAAGCCGAUGAAAAGCGCCUUUCUCUCCUACAAACAUAUAUAAACGAUUCAAAAGAAGUGAAGGACGCUUUCAUCGACUUUCUUCGUCGCCAAAAAUAG